AUGAAUGUCAACCUGAAGUGUAUCCGUGAAAAGCUUAAUAAGAUCAAGCCUUAUGCAAUAAAAACCGUGUCUGAUACAUUGCAAGGAUAUGCGUUUGGAUGCAUGGUGGGGGCCUUUUCUCCGGACAGAAAGCCCACUUUUAACAGCAUCCACAGGUCUGGAAAGUCGUUUGCCAAGAUAUCCAUGAUUUACUCCUCAACGGAGUCUGUUUUGCAUGUAUGUGGGCUUAAGGAAUCUGCCUUCAAUAGUUUCAUCAGCGGGGCCGUUGCUGGCGGACUCGGGUCAAGUGGCAAUACAAAGGAGUCUGCACUGUUCCGAGCAUCUGCACUUGCAACAUAUGCUGGCGUAUCUUCGAUAUUCAGUCCAGGGCUGCAGAAGUAA